UUUAUUUUAUUUCAACAAACAAAGGACAAACAACAAUUGUUUAUCAAGUUUCAGCCGUUCUCAGUUUUCAUAAUUUCAGCAUUUUCAACUCAAACUUGUAAACUUUCGUCAGAAUGUCAAAUCCACUUCGUUCCUUGAACGAGAAUUUCAGAUACAAUUAUUGUACAGCAAAGUCACUUAUGCUGUUGUUUACAAACAAAGCGGAUCGUGAUUUAAUCCAGCAGUGGCUGGACAAGCUGCAGUCCAUUAAGACAGGCUCGACAGAGACUCUCAACAACAGGAACUCCUACAUGUGGACACUCGUACUGUCGAUGCAGACCAACCGCCUGAUAAAGCCGUUUACUGAUUCGCCGACAUCUUUCGACCUGCCACCACUGAAAGAAGUCAUGUCGGCGGAGGAGUAUGGGGAUAUCCUGAGGAAGACACACGCGGGCUCCACUGGCAGUGACGUGGUGCACCCCGACCAGAAGGCAGAGCGCCGCCACGCGACGGUGCGCGAGGUCGCUCCCUCAGAGUUCCUCAGCAGCCAGCCCACGCCCCGGGACGGCAGCUUCUGCUACAUGGCUGUCUUCAGCGACUGGGGCUGACCGCGAUCCGAAGUCACCAGCACGUCACCACUAUAGCUUUCCGAACUUCUGCAGCGACGAAACGUAGUAUUGCGUGUGAAGCAUGUGUACCAACCAAUUUCCAGAAUUAAUUUCACUAGUCAGAUGGGUAGUAGGUAUGCCAUAAAUAUCAGUCAAGAAUGAACAGCAAUAAAGACUAUCAUACCAAAAUUAUAAAAUACUAGCAGAACCUGGCAGAUGUUGUCCUUCCAUACUUUAUUUAUUUAUCUCUAUAUAUCUCAAAUGGAUGGUUUGUAUGUUAUCUAGAAUCUAUAAAGUGUUUGAAUUGUAUUCCAUUUUAAACUCGCUAACCAAAUACUAAUCAGAAUCACAAUC